GACCGUCUGCCCGCGGGCGGUGCUGUUUCAAGGAUGAAGAACAAGAGCUUCCUGGGUGCUGGGGAACCAGGAUAGGCUCUUCAGUGGGAAGACUUACUGCCCUACUCGAAACCACAGUGAUGUCUCUCUCUUGAACUUUUAUCAUACCUUCAAGUGUAGAGCCUUCAGUACCUCCACCUGGUUUUGUUCAUGCUCCCAGGAGGGUGUGAAAAGGAGCCAUGGAUCCGGCAGCGCUGGUGGAAGCCGUCGUGGAAGAACUGGCCUGUCCCAUCUGCAUGGCCUACCUGAGGGAGCCCGUGAGCAUUGACUGUGGCCACAGCUUCUGCCACAGCUGUCUCGCUGGACUCUGGGAGGUCCCAGGGGAAUCCCAGAACUGGGGUUACACAUGUCCCCUCUGCCGGACUCCUGUCCAACCAGGGAACUUGAGGCCUAAUUGGCAGCUGGCGAACGUGGUAGAAAAAGUCUGUCUGCUAGGCCUGCACCCAGGAAUGCGGCUGAAGGGUGAUGUGUGUGAGCUCCAUGGAGAACAGCUAAAGAUGUUCUGCAAAGAGGAUGGUCUGAUCACAUGUGAGACCUGCAGCCGGUCCUCUGAGCAUGAGGCCCACAGCGUCGUGCCCAUGGAGGAUGUCGCCUGGGAGUACAAGUGGAAACUCCACGAGGCUCUGGAACACCUGAGGAAAGAGCAAGAAGAGGCCUGGAAGCUGGAAGUUGGUGAGAGGAAACGAACUGCCACCUGGAAGAUACAGGUGGAAACCCGAAAACAGAGUAUCGUGUGGGAGUUUGAGAAGUAUCGGCAAUUACUAAAGCACAAGCCACCGGGUCAGCAGCUGGAGGUAGAGGCAGCCUCAGCUCUCGCCAGCCUGGAGCGGGAGGAGAGGGAGACGAGACAGAAACUGGAGCUGAAUCACGAUGCACUCAUCCAGCAGAGCCGGGUCCUGUGCCGGCUGAUCGCAGAGCUGGAAGAGCGGUCUCAGAGGCCUGUCCGCUGGAUGCUGCAGGGCAUUCGGGAGGUCUUAAACAGGAGCAAGUCUUGGAGCUUCCAGCGGCCAGAACCAGUCUCCCUGGAACUGAAGACAGAUUGUCGGGUGCCGGGCCUGAGAGAGAUCCUGAAGACGUAUGCAGCUGAUGUGCGCCUUGAUCCAGACACUGCUUAUUCCCGCCUCAUCGUGUCUGAAGACAGAAAGUGCGUGCACUAUGGAGACACCAACCAGAAACUGCCCGACAAUCCUGAGAGAUUCUACCGCUAUAACAUCGUCCUGGGCAGCCAGUGCAUCUCCUCAGGCCGGCACUACUGGGAGGUGGAGGUGGGAGACAGGUCUGAAUGGGGCCUGGGAGUGUGUAAGGAAGAUGUCGACCGGAAGGAGGUGGUCUAUUUAUCCCCCAACUAUGGCUUCUGGGUGAUAAGGCUGAGGAAGGGCAAUGAGUACCGGGCAGGCACGGAUGAAUACCCCCUCCUGCCCUUGCCAGUCCCUCCCCGGCGGGUGGGUGUCUUCCUGGAUUAUGAGGCCCAGGACAUCUCCUUCUACAACGUGACCGACAAUGGCUCCCACAUUUUCACUUUCCCCCACCACCCCUUUUCUGGGCGCCUCCUGCCCUACUUUAGUCCUUGCUACAGUAUUGGUGCCAACAACACCGCCCCUCUGGCCAUCUGCUCCCUGGACGGAGAGGACUGAGACCCACCGUCCAGCGUGAGGCCUCGGAAUUUCACCUGGGCCCCAGGGGUCUUACAGGGCCCCGCCCCUGACAAGGGUUCCCUGAAACUGAGUUGAGCCUAGAAUUUGGGAUUCCUCUGCCUGGCCCCGUGGUCUGCUGCUCCUCAGCCUGCAUCUCUCUCUAAACCACUCAUGUGAAGGAGGUGAGGCUUAGGCUGCGUCACAUGAGCAUUGUCACAUCCCUCAGCACGAGCUGGGCACACCACUGUCUCAGACACAGGGAGACUUGUGUCCUGGCCCUGCCCUUCUUUGAGUGACAGGAUCAGAAAACUUGUGAGCCCUGUUUUUAUUUUCACUUUAUGGAUGAGAAAACUGAGAUGGCCUUAAUAGAGCAAGUUAUUUCUCGUAGAGCUGUUGAAAGAAGAUUGUAGAGAUUAUAACGUAUUUCUCACAUUCGAAUGAAACAAGAUCGGCAAGACUUGCUUCUCAGGUCACGUGUCUGCAUGUCAUUCAUUACAUUUGGGUCUGAAACUUCCCACCCGAUUGAAAGAUUUUUCAGCCUCUGGAAAAAUGGGUGGAGUGGCUGUAUACUCUCCUACCUCACAGGGUUGUUGUGAGGAUCUCAGAUCCAUCCCAUACUUGUGUUCCUUUCUCAGGGACAGAGGAAGGCAAGUUGAGAAUAUUGCCCAUGUUACCUUCCUAUCACAUUCUCGGCCAGCAUCUGACAGCAGGGCCUCUGUCUCAGGGCCUCUCCUCACAGUCCAGAGCCCUUUAGACAGAACGUGGCCCUACCAGGGCAAACUCUGGGCUAUUGUAAUAUACUGUGUAUCUGUUGUACGUUUGUCUUGUUUGGAUUAGAAUUGGGACUGUGACCGCAGGAUAGAGACGAGAUAAUUUAAAAUGAAAAACAAAAUGCCCAGGAAAAAGACUCACUUGCCCACAAGCUAGUUGAGCUAAAGUUUAGAUCUUUUUGUGUCACAAAGGGAGUCUGAAUCGUUCUGGUAACUACAUAACAUUCUCCCUGCCUUUGUCUUCUCUAAAUCUGUGGCAGAAGGAGAAAUGGGAGGCAGUGUGAGGGAAAGAGUAGGACUAGGCACAGAAAGCCAGUUUGGGAGCAGUAUAUAUAGUGAAGGGGAACUUAAGACUGUGUGUCUGUGCUAUUGACACAUGAGUGAUUGCUGUGUGUGGCAAAAGUAACUCACUGCAGGCCUUAAGAGUGUGAUGUGGGAAGGUUGGGUCUAGAAAUGAACUGCAAGACUAGCAUGAAGAGUUCAUGGCUUUGCCUAUUGCGAGGGGCUACAACAUAUACAUCACAUAUCGUCACCAUGACUUAAGACACAACUUCUGAUGUACUUUAGACGUGAAGGUAGUGAUGUUGGGGUAGGAAUGAGCAGCAAAGAAGAUACUAGGUGGUGUAUGGACAGAGGCAAAGUUACUCCUGUAAUAAAUAAUAGCAAAAACUGUCUUUCUACUUUAAUUGUUGUUAAUAAAAGAAAGAGGUAAAAAAGUCCAAAAUGGAGAAAUAAACUCAUUCUGCCCACCACGCUUCCAAGUCACUUCUUAAGCAUCAGCAGAAGGGGAAUGGACUAGUAAGCCACCCGACCUGGUCUUGGCAAAGUGCUGAGCUGACCUGAAGUUGAGGGGCUCUGUGUCUUUUUGUGGGGGAGACUCAAAGUGGUCCAGAAGGGGAAGCGGCAGGUAGACAAGUAGCCAUGUGGAGGGUAGUGUGCCUGGGGAAUUGUUUAUAGACUUGAGAAAUAGAUCUGUAGGAAGUGCUUCCCAUUAGAUGUCCAUAGACACUUAGCAAAAGAGGCUAGGGAAAAGUCAGUAUUGUUCUUUUACUGUUUUAUUGGGACAAUCCUUGGAAGGGUCAGAGAAAAGUUGAUCAAUUCAAUCAAACCUAGAAUGAACUAAGGAGUGGGAUGGCUUAAUUUGUUAUGUACUAUUUGGGGGCUUUGGGUUUUUGUUUUUGUUUUUUUCAUUUAUAAGCCGAUUUUGGAGCUAUGAUUGCUUGUUAGAAGAAUUACAGGUUAAAUGAUGUCACGCCGUUUAUUUCAUAUUUUCUGAUUGUUAAGACCAGGCAAGAAGAUUGGAGUUUUUAAGCAUAUGAAAACCCCUUUCUUUAGGGUAUUUAUGUGCACUUAUCUUCCAAGAACCCCAUGAAGACAAGACCUUAUUUGUCUGAUUCACCAUUGUACCCUCCAUCUAGCAGUGUGUGUGUGUGUGUGUGUGUGUGUGUGUGUGUGUGUGUGUGUGUGUGUUGAUAAACAAGUGAGGGAACUUUCAAUCUUAUUCCUAGAAUCAAAGCAAAAAUAAGCUCCCCUUGCCUCACAGGGGCAUGAAAGACCAGAUGAUAUUUAGUUUUAAUCUUAUUCAAAAACUAAUUUGAUGAAUAAUUAUAAAAGUGUUCUGGAAGGGGAAGAGGCAGAUAGCCAUGUGGAGGGUAGAGUGCCUGCAUAUCCCCUGAAAAUGUCUACCCUGGCACCUCCAAUUUGAUGUGAUAAUUCACCACAAGGCAGGGUUCAGGCAUGAGAUUUGCCUAUUUUUGUUUUACUGACAGAAACCAAGGGGUGCAGUGCCUGAGCUUUGAAGGGAAAGGCUGCUAAAAGGGUGAAGUGCUUGAGUUCUGCAAAAGGAAGAGACAGAGGGCAAAUCGGGUUUACAACUCACAGGAAAUUUAGUCUACCUUUUUUCAAGCAGGAUUGGUUGUACUGUCUUAAAAGCAAACAUUGAGAGUCUGCUGUGAAUCACAGGCACCAGUUAAAUGAGCACACACUGCUUCAUGUGAUAGGGUAGGAGUUGUAACUGAAUGUAUUGGGGAAAGCACAGGAUUUUCUGUUGGGGGAAUAGCCAUUGAAGGGAACCAGUCCACUUUGGAAAGGAUAUAGUUCAAUAAAGAGUUGAGUGCCAACAGUGGAUCCCAGUUUUAGGGAAUACUAACGUGAAUGAAACAAAGCUGUUGGGUAGGCUUCUAAAGGAAAUGCUGUGAAGACAUUUCUGGUUUGGGUGCAAGCUAGACUGUGCCUUUGUUGCUUUCUAUCAAAUACAGUCAAUUCUUUGGUUUGCUUAUGAAGAAAGAAUAGUGUGACUUUUCAAAAUAGAAAUCUUAUCAAAUAUGCUUAA